AUGGACUCACGACGGAACCCCAGCAGCUUCCAGCAGCUCGAGAAGCUCGGCGAGGGCACCUAUGCAACGGUAUUCAAGGGCCGCAACCGCCAGACGGGCGAGCUGGUCGCGCUCAAGGAGAUCCACCUCGACUCGGAAGAAGGCACGCCCUCGACAGCCAUCCGCGAGAUUUCCCUUAUGAAGGAGCUGCGCCACGAGAACAUUGUCCUGUUGCAUGAUGUUAUCCACACCGAGAACAAGCUGAUGCUCGUCUUCGAGUUCAUGGACAAGGACCUGAAGCGCUACAUGGACUCGCGCGGUGACCGCGGCGCCCUUGACCCGCCCACCAUCAAGUCGUUCAUGUACCAGCUGAUGCGUGGCAUCGCCUUCUGCCACGACAACCGCGUCCUGCACCGCGACCUGAAGCCCCAGAACCUGCUCAUCAACAACCGAGGGCAGUUGAAGCUAGCAGAUUUCGGUCUUGCCCGCGCGUUCGGCAUCCCCGUCAACACUUUUUCCAACGAGGUCGUCACCCUCUGGUACCGCGCGCCUGACGUCCUUCUGGGCAGUCGCACAUACAACACAAGCAUCGACAUCUGGUCUGCAGGCUGCAUCAUGGCCGAGAUGUACACUGGGCGACCGCUCUUCCCCGGGACUACAAACGAGGACCAGCUUCAAAAGAUCUUUAGACUGAUGGGCACACCCUCGGAACGAUCGUGGCCGGGCAUCUCGCAGUUCCCCGAGUACAAGGGCAACUUUCCAGUCUACGCCACACAAGACCUGCGACUCAUCCUGCCCCAGGUCGACCAAGUCGGUCUCAACCUGCUGAACAGCAUGCUCCAGCUGCGACCCGAGAUGCGUGUGUCAGCGACGGCUUCGCUACAGCACCCAUGGUUCAACGACCUGCCUCAACGGCAACAGGAGCAUGCGCAGCGAGGCUAA